AUGGCAGCGAGCAAAAUUAGCAGCAAAAUCUGCAGGAGCAGCAGACCAAAAUCAUCAAAUUCAUCGACACCAUCUUCAACAUCGGAAAAACCAGCAGAUACAACGAGCCAAAUCAACAGAGGAUUAACACUAAAUCACUUAGUGAUCUGCGGUUGCCUGGCAAUAAUCUCCAUGGCAUCUGUAACCAUGGCCAAACCACCGGAUCAGGAAGCUAUCCAUCACAAAAAUGCUGAAUUCCCGGAAGAGGACAGCGACAUGCUGAUGGAGCCCAAUGAUUUCUCGCCAAUCACCGUACUCAGAUCGCAUGAGCAACACUUUCAUAUGCCGCCGACUACGCAACUUCAGCCCCAAGUCCAGGCCAGAAUUCAGCCAAGAGCACAGCCCAGGCAAUUUCAAGUGGCGACCCAACAAAAUCCCGACGAAGAGGAGCAAUUUCGACCCAUUGCCAAUCCGAAUACGAAAAUAGUGGGCGAUUCGCAUACGCAGGCUGCCCAGAACUUCUAUCCACCGUUCUACCACGAGGCACCACCUCUGGGCCACUCGAGACCCUACUUCGGUCAUGGUCCUCCCGUUUCGGAGACCACUCCCCUGAACCUGCCCUUGCCACUUCUCGCACCUCAGCAGCAACCUCAGCCGGCAAACCAGCAGCGAAACUUCGAUGCCAGCAUACUGGGUAGCGGGGAUUUCGGUGUCCUGAGAGGCGGUACCUUCUAUCCGGAGGAGGAGAUGCCCUACCAUCCCGAGGACAACAGUGAUUACAUCUAUGGCGAUGCCAACAAUGGCCACGGACGUCCCUCCGAGGGCUUCGUGCAGAAGUACACCUAUCCGGAGGAGCAGUUCGCCAAUUUCCGGGACUUUGCGGACAUCAAUACACCCGCCGAUUCGGCAUUCUCGCAGUUUGUGGUUGUCUAUGCGGCCAAGAAUGCCACUGCUCCGCACUCACAUCCGCAUCCCAAGAACAUAUUCGAGCAGCUGGAGCUGCUGGACAGGGAGAAGGAGUUGGAGAAGGCCAAGUCCCAGCCGAAAACCUCAUCCAAAAACAAGUCGAAGUUGUCCAAGACAAAGCUGCAGAAGAAAUACCGCAAGAAGGCGGGUCCCAAAAUCCAGGAUCCCCUGGAAAUAGAGCCCUUAUUGGCCCUCAGUUAAGCGUCUAUUAAAAAACAAAUAGAAACAAAAACAAACAAAACCUAAAAAACACCCAUCACCACUUUCGUUUUCCCUUGUUAGUUUUAUUUAUUUUAUUUCGAGAUGAAUGCAAGCCACCACAAAAGAAAAGAAGAGCCACACCCCCUUUAUCUUAGUGUUCAUUUCCACAGAAACACCUGUAUUGCAAAAAUCUAUACCCAUACUAUAUGCCACAUAUCAGUGUUUUUUUUGGUCUGUCUGCUUUUUGUCUCGCAUCGUUUGUUAAUUCUUAAACUUAGCCCGUAGUCUACUAUAUCUAUAUAUAUAUAUAUAUAUGUGUCUUUAUGUCUUAUACGCGUAUCUAAUGUAAUUAUUUUUUGUCUAAUUGAGCAUAAUUUUAUUAUGUGUGUGUACAUAA